AUGGCCCUGCUCUUUCAGUCCUGGCCGGAUUCUGUGGUGACGACUUCGGAAUGCUUUGGACGCCGUGUCACCUGGGUGGGCAACGCUGAUGCUAUGGCCCUGCUCUUUCACUCUUGGCCAGAUUCUGUGGUGACGACUUCGGAGUCGCUUCAUGACUCACUGGCCUUUGCUGCACCGAAGCGAGCCGACGUGCCUGUUUGCGAGUUUGUCUCGCUCUUUCUGGCUGAGAUGCUUUGGAUGCCGUGGAACCUGGAUGGGAUGGCUUACACAACCAACACCUGGCAGACGAACUGUGUUUUCCUCGUCGGGCUCAAUGCAGCUCUCGUCGCCUUGACGUCCGUUUGCGAGAAGUACGUGGUUAGAACUGUCGAUCAGGCAGCGCUGGGCUUCAGUUUGUACAGAUGCGUGCUGGCGGUGCCACUGCUUGGCAUCAUGCUGGCCCUCGGCAUGGAAAACUUCUCCGACGCCGUGCUCGCGAUCGCGAAUGCCAGCAACUACUGUUUAAUGGUACUUGCAGUUUCGACCAUCUUCAGCGCUGCAGCUGGCCUUCUGGUCUUCACGCUGCAGGGCCGCGUCAGCGCAACGACUACGCAGAUAGCCAGCCUGUGCUACAAGCUGGCGACCACUGCCUUGUCGCUGGUGCUAUUCCCCGAGGCGCAGAGAGAUCUCGGCCUGUUGGCCCUGAUGGGCUACGGCCUCUCGACGGUCAGCGUCGCGCUCUACGCGUUCUGGCCGAAAUCGGAUCCUGUGGUGAAGAAGGCUGAGAAGCCGCCUCAGGGCUACCCGCGGUCACUUGCCGCCUUGAGCGAGGCUACAGGAGGCCGACAAUUUGCGGCCUUCUACCAGCCAGAAAGCCUGGUGCUGAGGAAAUUAGCUAAGUGCUGA